AUGACUAGCAUUCAACUUUUCUAAGAAGGAACUAACAAAACAGUAUAUAUUUUUUGUUGUUUUCUUUCAUGCGAAGCCAUUCUUUUUAUCACUAUUUAUAUUUCACUUUCAUCUCUGCAACUUUCAUGCUGUCUCCAUUAAAGCUUUCACGCCCUUCCUCUAUUUUUUUCCACCAUAAAUCUCUACUCUUCACGGAAGGCGCUUCCCAGAAACCUUUUAUUUCUUCUGCACCAUUACAUUCAUGAUUCAACUGUAGAAGAACAAAGUUAUGAGUUUUCUAUUCAGAAAAAAUGUUAACUUCUUCAUAUAUAUUUCCCAUUUGAUUCUCUUCUUCAGCUGCACUAUUGUUGCGGGUGGCAUGUUGGCGCCAGUUGAUUUCUUGGCCCUGCAAACAAUCCGGAGAAGCUUGGAGGAUUUACCCGGGUCGAAUUAUUUUGCUUCCUGGGAUUUCUCUUCGGAUCCAUGCAAAUUUGCCGGAGUGUAUUGUCGAGGAAAUAGAGUUGUAGCUUUAAAUCUGGGCGAUCCACGGGCAGGGUCACCAGGUUUGACGGGUCGGAUUAACCCUGCUAUUGGUAAACUCUCUGCUCUUGCCGAAUUCACUGUGGUACCGGGCCGGGUUUUCGGGUUUCUACCACAGACAUUAUCUCAGUUGAAGAACCUAAAAUUUCUUGCAGUCAGCCGGAACUUCAUCUCUGGCCAAAUUCCGGUGACUCUGGGCCAGCUCCGGGGACUUCGGACUCUUGAUCUUAGUUUCAACCUGCUUACCGGAAGAAUCCCUUGGUCCAUCGGAACACUACCAGAGCUGUCCAACGCCAUUCUCUCUCACAACCGGCUCACUGGUCCAGUUCCACCAUUCGGUUCCCGUAUCCUAACCCGGCUCGAUCUCAAGCACAAUUCCCUCUCGGGUUCCCUUUCACCACUAUCCCUCCCUCCCUCUCUUCAAUACCUCUCAAUCUCUUGGAACCGGCUCACCGGCCCAUUGGACCGGAUUUUAUCCCGUCUAGGCCGGUUAAGCUACCUCGACCUCAGCAUGAACAUGUUCACCGGACGGAUUCCUGGCAUUAUCUUCAGUUUCCCAAUCUCUAACCUUCAAUUACAGAGAAACCUAUUCUCCGGCCCGGUUCAACCGGUUCAUUUUGUAACGAUCCCGACCGUGGAUUUGAGCUUCAACCAGUUGUCGGGUGAAAUAUCUCCAUUGUUUUCCACGGUUGAGAAUCUAUAUCUGAAUAACAACCGGUUCACGGGUCAAGUCCCGGGUAGCUUUGUGGACCGGAUAUUAUCAGGCGGUUUAAGAAUAGUGUAUUUACAGCAUAAUUAUCUGACCGGAAUUCGGAUUAAUCCAUCUGCUGAGAUUCCACGAAGCAGUUCACUGUGUCUACAGUAUAAUUGUAUGGUCCUGCCCAUAGAGACACCUUGCCCUUUAAAGGCUGGAAAACAGAAGUCAAGGCCUGCUCAACAAUGCAGAUGGAGAGGGUAAAAUGGGAAUCAAAAUUUCCAUCGAGGGCAAAAUGGGAAUGUUAAAAUUUAUACGUUUGUUUUUUUCUUUUUUUGGCCCUUUUACCGUUAUUUGUUGGAUAAUAUUCUUGAAAUCACUACUCGAACAAAAUAUUCAAAUAGAACUUGUGCACGACAAUUUUCUCUAGGUA